AUGAAAAAUAGCUACAAUGCUAGGGACCAAGGAUACGGCAACAACUCGUCACAACGGCAAAACCUGGUCGGCGUUGGUGCAAAGAAGGACGUCAAGGUUGAGGCCAAACAAGGCAAGGGAAACUUUGUCCUUACUGGCACCACUGGCGCUGCAAACCAUCCCAAUGCCAAGCUUGUCUAUCUUCGCAAGAAGGAUGGUAAACUGGCCCUCACCUGGCGGGUGGAAACCGACGUUCGUGACAACUGGCUUCUGAGCUACGUCGACGCGUAUCACUCAGGCAUGAUUCACAAUGUCGUUGAUUGCGUUUCUGAUCUCGCAACCUACCAAGUCUACCUCUGGACCGUCAAUGAUGCCACCGAGUGCGGCAGAACCUCCUUGAAUGACCGCUGGAAUACGGCCGCUUCGCCAUUCAUGCGCAAGGACUAUAAGAACAACUACCGACCUGACAGCCCCAAUGACACCUUUAUGUGUCCUUACGAUCCAUCACAGAGCGACCCCACAGGCUACAAGGACGCAUCCAUCACACAGCUCUUCUUCACGGCCAACAAGUACCAUGACUUGCUCUACGUGCUGGGCUUGGACGAAAAAAGAGGCAACUUCCAAGGCAAAUAA